CAUUCUGUGCCCAGUUCCAGUGGCCGGAGCUGGAGCCCACGGGCUGGCAGGAGCUGCCAGGGUGCCAGGCUGUGGCUGGCACAAGCUGUGACUUCUCCUCAGCCAUCUCAGAGUACUAUGAUGCCCACUACGUGCGUGUGAGGGCCCAGGCUGGGCCGCUGGUGUCCCCAUGGUCCCAGGUCCUGGAGAUGGUGCCAGAACAAGUCGCUCAGAUUGGUCCACCAGGACUGGAAUUGCAGUCCACAAAUGGAGUUGUAAAAGUUAUGGUUUCUCCUCCAGAAGCAAAUCAGAGGAAAAAAAUGUGGAUCAAUGACCUGACUUUUAAAUAUAACCUGGUCUUCUGGGAAAACUCCUCACGUGCUCAGCCCCAGAACAAAAGGAUUUUCCCUGUGGACACCAUUGAUGACCUUGCCCCAGACAGCACCUAUUGCUUCAAAGUCCAAGCAAAUCUGCCCAGCGAGGGCAAGCAAGGCCUGUUCAGCCCCCCCAGCUGUGUGAAAACCACCCAGAAAGUGAACGACCUCCUGUGUGCCACCAACCUGAGUGUCCUGGCUCUGAACAUGGAAUUCCACCUGCUCUGGAGCAGCCAGGAAAGUCAGGAUGUGACCUACAACGUGCAGUACCUGCUUGGCUUCUUGAAGGAUCUCAAUGAUGAUUACUCAGACAAGUGGCUCAGUGUCCCUGGGUGUGAGAGCAUCACCAGCUCCUGCUGCAACUUCUCCUCCAUCAUCACCGGCACUGGCUUUUAUCACCUGCGGGUGCAGGCCAGGGAGGGACACAACAAAUCCUGCUUCUCCAGGGAAGUCAAGGUGGAUCCUCUGAAAACAAAUGGAAUUGGCCCUCCUGGUGUAAGGCUGGACCUCAGUGACACUUUGCUCCACAUCCUUAUUUCUCCUCCAGGAGGAGAUAAGGAUGAAUUCAUGAGGGACCAUUAUGACUUGUCCUACAGGAUCCUCUACUGGAAGAAUUCCUCAGAUACGAAGGAGGAGGUGAAGCAGAAGGAGGUGAGGCAGACCAUAGCCACGGUGCCUGACGUGUCCCCCUCCUCGCUGUACUGUGUGCAGGUGCAGGCCUUCUCUGAGCCCUACAACAAGAGCAGUGCCUACAGCCAGCAGCAGUGCAUCCUCACCCCUGCAGGUACACCUUUAGCUCUGAUCAUUGCUGGGAUUUUCCUGGGUGCCCUGCUGGUUGUCCUGCUGGUGGCUGCUCCUCUUGUUUUUGUGUUCUACCAAGCCUACAGCAAAAUCAAAUACGUGUUCUUCCCCUCCUGCCAGCCCCCCCUGAACAUCGAGGGGUUUGGAGGGCAGCCCUUGAGCAGCCCCUACCUGUCAGCUGCAGCAGAGGAGGCCGUGGAGCACUGCUGUGUGAUUGAGUCCAUGGUCACAGAGGAGGGAACUCACAUCGUGUUCUCAGACUACAAACAUUCCACCCACAGCAGCCGCGACUCGGGCAAUUACUCCAACGACGACAACACUUCUGGGAGCAAGGGAUCCAGAGAAACACUGGAGAGGGAAAUCAUGUAACUGUGGGAAAUCAGAACUCCUGGAUGGGAUUGUCAAUUCACAGACACUUCAAACCUCUUUGUGAUGGAAGGCCCAGCCUGAGGGGACACUGUGACCUUUGGGGUGCUGAGGGGGACACUGUGACCUUUGGGAUCCUCAGGGGGACACUGUGACCUUUGGGAUCCUAUGGGAGUCACUGUGACCUUUGGGGUCCUCAGGGGGACACUGUGACCUUUGGGGUCCUCAGGGGGACACUGUGACCUUUGGGAUCCUAUGGGAGUCACUGUGACCUUUGGGAUCCUAUGGGAGUCACUGUGACCUUUGGGGUCCUAUGGGGACGCUGUGACCUUUGGGAUCCUGUGGGGAUCACUGUGACCUUUGGGAUCCUAUGGGGGUCACUGUGACCUUUGGGAUCCUCAGGGGGACACUGUGACCUUUGGGAUCCUCAGGGGGACACUGUGACCUUUGGGGUCCUAUGGGGAUCACUGUGACCUUUGGGGUCCUAUGGGGGACACUGUGACCUUUGGGGUCCUAUGGGGGACACUGUGACCUUUGGGAUCCUCAGGGGGACACUGUGACCUUUGGGAUCCUCAGGGGGACACUGUGACCUUUGGGUCCUCAGAGGACACUGUGACCCUUGGGGUCCUCAGGGGGACACUGUGACCUUUGGGGUCCUAUGGGGACGCUGUGACCUUUGGGGUCCUAUGGGGAUCACUGUGACCUUUGGGGUCCUCAGGGGGACACUGUGACCUUUGGGGUUGCUGGGUUUGGGUUCCCAGAGCUGCCCUUGCUGGGGGAGCUGCUCAGGCCUGGCUGGGAAUGACCCCAGUGUCCCCAGCCCAGCCAGGGCUGUCCCCCUGCACCAGGAGCAGCUUUGAGCUCUUCUCUACUUGAAGCUGUGAGCUGGGCACCCCUGCCUGCUCCAGCAGAGUUCUGUGUGGGGUCACUCCCACAGCGUUUACACAGCCAGAGGAACCCAUGCUGGACACAAUCCUGUGGCAUUGCCACUGCCAGCCCCUGCUUGGCCAGCAGGUCCUGAGCUAAAGGUGCCAAGGGAGCAAGAGGAGCAGCAGUGAGGAGCCUGGGGUUCCUCAUGGGGUUCCUCACAGGAUUCCUCAGGAGGUUCCUCACAAGAUUCCUCACAGGGUUCCUCAGGAGGUUCCUCAGGAGGUUCCUCAGGAGGUUCCUCAGGGGGUUCCUCACAGGAUUCCUCAGGAGGUUCCUCAUGGGGUUCCUCACAGGGUUCCUCAUGGAUGUGUCUGGGAAUGUUCCCAGUGCUUGUUCCAUGUCUCACUGCCCAUCCCUGGAAUGUCCCAGGCCAGGCUGGACCCUGGGGCUGGGAGCAGCCUGGCACAGUGGGAGGGGUCCCUGCCAUGGCAGGGGUGGGUUGGGAUGAGCUUUGAGGUCUCUCCAAGCUCAUUCUGGAGUUAGCAGGACCUGGUGGAAUUUAGGAGAUGCCUUUAGCAGAGGGCUGAGCUUGGCACUCAGAGCUUUCCCUGUUUUGCCAACAGACUUUUCCUUGGACAAUCAGGAUGUGCUGCAGUAGCAUUUCAGUUUUCAUAUCCCGUGUUUGCCAUGCUGACUCCACUGUCUUCCAGAGCUAUUUUUUUUUAAGUCUCUUAUUUUUUUAUGAAGAAACUGCUUUGGGGUCAGCUGUGUUUGAGCAUCCCGUGGACUGCUGUUGUUUGUUCUCUCUAGGAACUCUUGGUGUUUAUAUAUCUUUUUUUUUUAAUUUUGAAGAUACUACCUAAUUUUAUAAAUUUCCUAUCGCUGUGUUCAUUGAAGAACAUAAUAAAUUUUGCACAUUUGCUUCUUA